UGAGUGUGGCGCAAUGUCCAAUAUUACGUUUCGAAUAUGGCGAAAGUUGUGAAUUUACGUGUUGUGAUAAGUGAUACCUUGUGACUUACUAUGUUUGAAAAUGGAUAGUAAAGCAAUUAUUUAUACAAAGAAAGUGUGAUAAUAGUGUAAAUAAAUACAUAUUUUGUUGUAAAUUAAGUGAAACCAAACAAAAAUGUCUACAGAUAAAAUAAAAGUAGCUGUAAGGCUUCGUCCUUUCAACAGAAGAGAACUUGAAAUGGGAGCACAAUGUGUCGUGGAAAUGGAAAAACAACAAACAAUUAUUCACCAACCAACUGCAUUGGACAAAAUUGACAGGAAACAGCCCAAAACUUUCGCGUUCGACCAUUGUUUUUGUUCUGUGGACCCAAAUAAUGAAAACUUUGUAUCUCAAGAAGUUGUUUUUGAUUGUUUGGGACGAGAUAUUCUCGAUAAUGCCUUCCAGGGAUACAACGCCUGUAUUUUCGCUUACGGUCAAACAGGUUCUGGAAAAUCUUAUACCAUGAUGGGAUCUCAAGAUAACAAGGGCAUUAUUCCAAGACUUUGUGAUGCCCUUUUUGGGCAAAUAGCUAAACAGCAAAGUUCAGAAUUAUCAUACAAGGUUGAAGUUAGCUACAUGGAAAUUUAUAAUGAAAAGGUACAUGAUUUGCUGGAUCCACAGACACACAAACAAUCAUUAAAAGUAAGAGAGCACAACGUGUUGGGUCCUUACGUUGAUGGUUUGUCACAACUGGCUGUUACUUCGUUUCAAGACAUCGACAAUCUGAUGGCAGAGGGCAAUAAAUCCAGAACAGUGGCAGCCACAAAUAUGAACAGUGAAUCAUCAAGAUCUCAUGCCGUAUUCACAGUCAUAUUAACCCAAACUUUAACGGACUCCAAGAGCGGAGUCUCCGGGGAAAAAGUCAGCAGGAUGUCACUUGUGGAUUUGGCAGGUUCCGAAAGGGCUGUGAAAACAGGAGCUGUUGGCGAGAGACUGAAAGAAGGUUCUAACAUUAAUAAGUCUUUAACAACAUUGGGUCUAGUCAUAUCAAAGUUGGCUGAUCAGUCAUCUGGCAGCAAAAACAAAGAUAAAUUCGUACCGUAUAGAGAUUCAGUAUUAACAUGGUUACUAAAAGACAAUCUUGGUGGUAAUAGUAAAACGGUGAUGGUGGCUACCAUUUCACCAGCCGCCGAUAAUUUUGAGGAAACUUUAUCGACUCUCCGAUACGCCGAUAGAGCUAAACGAAUAGUCAAUCACGCUGUCGUUAACGAAGAUCCUAAUGCCCGAAUUAUUAGGGAAUUGACGCAAGAAGUGGAGGCGUUGCGAGAAAUGUUAAGAAAUGCAACGGGAUCGCCAGUGGGUGACGUUCAGAGAGUUGACAUCCAUCAAAAACUUAGCGAAAGCGAACGGCUAUACAAGGAAGUAUCCCAGACUUGGGAAGAAAAGCUCAUGAAAACAGAAAGAAUACAGAACGAAAGGCAACAGGCGCUCGAAAAAAUGGGUAUCAGCAUUCAAGACUCCGGCAUCAAAGUUGAGAAAAAUAAGUAUUACUUAGUCAACCUCAAUGCCGAUCCAUACUUAAACGAAUUACUAGUUUACUACUUAAAAGAACGCACUGUUGUUGGCGCGAGCAACACUGAUUCGGGACAGGAGCCCGAUAUUCAGCUGUCGGGACUCGGUAUUCAACCCGAGCACUGCAUUAUCACCAUAGUGGACAACAGUCUGUUUCUCGAGCCUCUUGCCAAUGCCAGAUCUUGUGUGAACGGCUCUCAGGUCAAUCAGAAGACACAGUUGAGACAUGGAGAUCGAAUCGUUUGGGGAAACCAUCAUUACUUCCGAGUGAACUGUCCGAGAUCAAUAUCAGCCUCUGAACCUCAGACCCCAGCUCAAAACAUAGAUUAUAAUUUCGCACGGGAUGAACUCAUGACCAAUGAACUCAGCAAUGAUCCCAUACAGGCAGCUAUCGCUAGGUUAGAGAAGCAACACGAAGAAGACAAACAAGUGGCUUUGGAGAAGCAACGUAUAGAGUACGAAAGACAGUUCCAGCAGCUAAGAAACAUGGUUUCGCCAUCUACACCUUACGCUCCCUAUUCCUACGACCCUCUUAGAAUAGGUUUCGGCAAAACCACACCUUGCACUCCCACGACUCAAAUGAAAGUGGAAAAGUGGGCUCACGAACGAGACGAGAUGUUUAGAAGGAGUAUAGGUCAGUUGAAGGAGGACAUUUUAAGAGCUAAUUCGCUGGUGAAGGAAGCUAGUUUUCUGGCCGAGGAAAUGGGGCGACAGACCAAGUUCAGCGUCACGUUACAGAUUCCCCCGGCCAAUUUGAGUCCAAACAGAAAGAAAGGAGCGUUCGUGAGUGAACCGGCGAUAUUGGUUAAACGAAGUAAUACUAGUCAAGUGUGGUCGAUGGAGAAGUUAGAAAAUAAAAUUAUCGACAUGAGGGAACUGUAUGAAGACCAGAUGAGUAAAGGAGAGAAUCAGGACGAGAUAAAAGGACCCGAUCCCUUCUUCGAAUCUCAAGAAAACCAUAACUUGAUAGGGGUAGCAAAUAUUUUUCUUGAGUGUUUGUUCCACGAUGUUACUUUGGAUUAUCACGCUCCCAUCAUAAGUCAGCAAGGGGAGGUGGCUGGCCGCUUACAGGUGGAACUAAGCAGAGUGGCCGGUUCAUUUCCACAGGAUAGAAUCUGUGAGGCUGCGUCAGACAGUUCGUCUGAGAGCAGUCAAGAAGAAGAGGAACAAGGUAGUUCACAGGUCACAAUACGUGUUCACAUAAAACAAGCCACUGGAUUGCCCAUAUCUCUUGCCCAUUUUGUGUUCUGUCAAUAUUCUUUUUGGAACCAUCCGGAUCCUAUUGUAGUACCUGACGCAACCGAUGCACACGGUCAAAAACAACCAACAACUGUCAGAUUCGAACAUAUACACGAUUUCACUGUUAAUCUUUCCGAGGAAUAUAUAGACCACUGUGCAGAAGGAGCGCUUUCCAUCGAAGUUUGGGGAAACAGAAGCGCCGGUUUUUCCAAAUAUAAACCUGGCUGGGAAGUCGAGCAACAGUUGGCAACCGCUAGAUCCCUACUAGACCGUUGGUCCGAGUUGACGAGAAAAAUAGAACUGUGGGUGGAAAUCCAAGAACUCAACGAUCAGGGCGAGUACGGAGCUGUCGAGGUUGCUAUGAGAAACGACAUGUUAACGGGUGGGGUGUAUCAGCUCCGCCAAGGGCAACAAAGACGGAUACAAGUUCGAGUGAAACCGGUUCAGAAUUCGGGAACGUUGCCUAUAAUUUGCCAGCAAAUAAUAAAAAUAGAAGUGGGAGGUGUUAUGGUACGAAACAGGCUUCAAAAAGCUCUGGAUUCUUACCAGGAAGAGGAUUUAACUGUCCUCCGAGAGAAAUGGAACGACGCUUUACAGAAACGCAGGCAGUACUUAAAUCAGCAGUUGCAGAACUUGUCUGAAAAAUCCGACAAAACCGAUCAGGACGUGGAAAGGGAGAAGAGUCUGAUUGAGCAGUUAGUUAAUUUGACUGAGGAGACUAAUGCUGUUUAUGUGCCCCAGCCAGGGACGGGAAUUCCAGGGGCUCCCGCCAUGUGGAGUCCUCCUCCUGGUAUGGAACCACACGUUCCCGUACUAUUUCUGGAUUUAAAUGCUGAUGAUUUAUCUACCCAUCCUUCUGGAGAAGAAGUGACAGUCGCAGGCAUGAACUCUAUUCUCCCAAAAGAGGACGGAAGACAAUUCUAUAGUUUGCAUAUACUUAACCAUUUGGAAAAGGACGUUUGUGCUGUCGCAAGCUGGGACUCGUCCAUCCACGAUAGUCCACAUCUCAACAAGAUCACAGAAUCUAACGAAAGGGUUUAUAUGAUUCUCCGCGUAACUGUACGACUGUCUCACCCGGCUCCAAUGGAUUUAGUACUUAGGAAACGAUUAGCGUUAAACAUAUACAAAAGACAAAGUAUUACAGAUAGAAUAAAAAAUCAAAUUAAAUCAAAAAUAGUUAAGAGCGAUCUUCUGACAUCUUGCGGUGUUACUUACCUGGUUGUUCUGAAUGUACCGAAAGCCAGUGAGGAAUUGGAGGAUAGGGAAAGUCUCGCUCAGUUGGCGGCGUCCGGAGAAAACUCGUCAUUGUCUGAUGGAGAAACAUAUAUUGAAAAAUACACCCGUGGAGUGAGCGCCGUGGAGAGUAUAUUAACGCUGGACAGAUUGAGGCAGAGCGUUGCGGUAAAGGAGCUGUUGCAAGCUAAAGGACAACCGUUAAUGAGGAAGACCGUUAGCGUACCUAACUUCUCACAGUUGAUGAGGUUAGAUUUGAGUAUGGAGUCUCUUCAUAUGUCGAGGUCUGAGAGUGUGGCCGAAUUGACCAGCGACCUACAUCACGGAUUGACGCCACUGAGAAGCAGAACUAGUUUUGGAAAGGAUAACGAGGUGACUCCACCGAAAUCCUUUGGCGGCCUAGUGUUCUCCGGGAUGGCAUCGCCGGCGAAUACCAAGUUGGGGUUGCGUAUGACGACGCUUCACGAGGAACCGACCAAAUCUUUGCCACGUAAACAUUCCUUUGACUUACUCACUGAUGAUACUAUCCAGGAGCAAACCGAAGAAGGGCAGAAUGGGAAGACAGAGGUCCAUUAUAUACAGAAGAAGAAGAAUACUGCACGAAAAACGCUCCCAACUUCGCGUACUUUGGAUUCUCUUACCGAGUAUGCUCCAAAACCAAAUACACCAUCGGCUAGUUCAAGUGGUUACGGCUCGCAGGCUGUAUCGAUAACAAAUCUUUCCAGUGACGAUUCGAUGUCUCUCAAAAGUAUCAGUGUUGACGAAACACCUGACCUAGAUUUAAAAUUGUAUGACUUGCAGCCCGUCUCCGAGGCAACGGAUUGGAAGGAAAUCGAGGUUAUUUCUCAGCACGAGGAUCAAACCGGAGGUUCUACGAAUAACGAAGAGAGUUCUGAUGACAUAAUGAAUGGGUUAGACAGCGACACGAAUCAAAACCAUCCAGGAAGUGACCUUACCGAAUCAAAUAUCAUAAAAACUAAUUUGUCUCCGGGAAGAGUGGUGCGCAGAAAAAAGCAAACGAGGAACCAGCACUCGCAGAGAGCCUCGUUUCCUCAGGCUCGUUUACAUGUGUCGGAAAGCAAGGCUGCGCAAAAUUUGGGGAAGAAAUUGAAGGAUAUCAAUUUUUCCAACGAAGACGAUAACUUGGAAAGUUCCACAGACAAAUUAGAAGAUGACCGCGAAAGUAAUUUCGGCUCACGUCCUGAUCUGUCAAAGAUAAGUGAUGUUCCCGUCCCUGAUUGGGUUGUGCUAGGUGAAAGUGUUCUUAUUAGACCUUAUAAUUCGUCCGGAGUGGUUGCAUAUAUUGGAGAAACUGAUUUCGCAGGUGGUACAUGGAUCGGAGUAGCAUUGGAUGCACCAAAAGGAAAAAAUGAUGGGAGCGUAAAAGGUACCCGCUACUUCACAUGCAAACCAAAGCAUGGCAUGUUCGUCCGUGCGGACAAGCUUAUUCUCGAUAGAAGAGGCAGAGCUAUGCGACUGGACAAGGCUGAGGCUCUUGCCCAAACCAGCAAUAAGUGUACUCUAAAUAGAGAGUCGUUGCCUAGAUCUCGCUCCCGUGGGAAUGGUUUAAACAACGUGGGUAACCGAGCUAGUUCAAAGGCUAAGUAAAUUGAUUCAGACAUCGACCGCCCAUCCAUAAUUCCACCCUAUAUUUAUUGCCAUUUGUCAUGUUUUACGACACAUUAGUUGUGUGUGCCGUCCAUUUACAUGGCGUAGUGUUAAUCAUCCUUGCCAUUUCAUACAUACUAGUUUCACAUGUAUCGCUAUUUGGUGCACUCUAUAUAGCCGGCGCGUCACUAGGUGCUCUGGUAUUAUCGAUCUGAUUCUUCCUCACAUGACAGAUAGAUACAUAUUUAUGUAAUUUAGUAAUAUGUAUAUAUAUCUACACGGUUAAUUUCAAUAGCUUGGUAAUACCACGGCACCUUCGAGCCGCGCUGUAUAGACCUUUUACGUUCAGCGAGAUAUCUACCUCCUGCUUAAGAAACUGCACAAAUACCGGUGACGCGUCAAAUGCUGUCACAUUUCCCACUUCGGUUGUGUUUCAUUUCGACUAUUUACUAGCGGUGGCAUGAUCUCAAUGGAUUUGGGAGGGAUAUCAGUAUUUUACAGUUCUACGCAUUAUUUUCUAAGGAAAUAAUGGACGUCAGACAUGCGGGCAGGAUAUUAAGAUUCAUGCACUCGGUUUCUUUGAUUUUUAUGUAAGCAUUUCUUUCUGUGAUAUUCUUAGUUGACACAGAGGCACUCCCGUCUACACCCAUCACGCUGUGUGAAUUUUUAAACUAUAAUUUGCGUGCUAUGUAACUUGUAAGAAUCCAGAUUCACCUCGUUAUCCUAAAAUUAACGAAUUUAUAGUUAAGUUUAUAGUGAUACGAUUUGUUUCCUUUUAGGUUACGUUAUACAUUUUUUAAAUUAUUUAUUUAUUUUAAAUAUUACUUUUAAUUUACUCACGUAUUUUUAUUGCAUAUGGUUCUAUGCAAACAUUUAUUGUUUUAAGUAGUAUAAAGUUAAUCUUGCAUGUAAAUAUAUAUAAAUUUUAAAUGGUGACUAAGUUAACGUUUUACCAAUCCUUAUUUGAUAAUUUAGUAAGUAAACGGUUUGUUUGAGCAAACGACAAAAAAAAUUUGCCGGGAGGUGAAUCUGCUUCUUGCAUUUAUUUGAACAGAUUUAAUGGCAUAUGUAAUCAUAAUAGAAUAUGUAGCCUACAAGAAGUAAUUUAAAUAAUUCUGUGUGUCCUUAGGAAGUAGAUUAAGAUAGGUCUAAAUAGUGGUAACUUUAAUUUGCAUUUUUUAUUGAAAGACUCGCUAAGUCAGCCAGAAGCUUCAACUAUAUGAUACCAUAGUUAAUAAGGUUACGUAUAUCUUUUUUUGUCACGGUGGAAUGACUUCUGUACAGGGUGUCCCAAACUCGACGCCUCAAUGAUAUUACAGGGUAACGAAUAAUGUUACUGAAAAUUUGAAGGAUACAGUUCAAAUGGGAUGGAUUGAAGCGUAUUUUGCACCAAAUAUUGAAAGUUUUAGAUAUUUCGAAAAUUGCGUUGAUGAUCUCAUGAAAUAUUUUUUUUCUAGGAACAUAAAUUUCAAAAAUUUUUCUCUAUCUAUUUUCUUUAAAAAGUUAUGAUCAGAAGUAAAACCAAUAAUUAGAACAUCAAAGUUACAUUACUCAUAACUUGAUCGGACAUUCUCUGGAAAACAAUUAAUCUAGGAGCCAGAUAGGGUUCUGUGGCCAAUAAGAGUGCCAGGGCUGCAAACAACUUCUUCUUAUGUAUUUUGACCUCCUGAAUCCAAAAAACUUGGUCGCAAAACCUGAAAGUGGUCAGUUUAAUUGUUAUUA